AUGCAGAACUCGGCAGCUCCUGAUGUUCCUCUCCUCGCCGCUGAGAGCCGUCGCUUGCUGUGUCGUCGGCAGUCACUUAUUGAGGCUGCCGCCUCUCCAGCCAUGUUCUCUACCACCGACACGGACUACUGCUGCCUCUCCACCACUGACACGGUCCAGUGCUGCCUCUCCACCACGGACACGGUCCAGUGCUGCCUCUCCACCACUGACACGGUCCAGUGCUACCUCUCCACCACUGACACGGUCCAGUGCUGCCUCUCCACCACUGACACGGCCCAGUGCUACCUCUCCACCACUGACACGGCCCAGUGCUACCUCUCCACCACUGACACGGUCCAGUCCUACCUCUCCACCACUGACACGGCCCAGUGCUGCCUCUCCACCACUGACACUGUUCAGUGCUACCUCUCCACCACUGACACGGUCCAGUGCUACCUCUCCACCACUGACACGGUCCAGUCCUACCUCUCCACCACUGACACGGCCCAGUGCUGCCUCUCCACCACUGACACGGUCCAGUCCUACCUCUCCACCACUGACACGGUCCAGUGCUACCUCUCCACCACUGACACGGUCCAGUCCUACCUCUCCACCACUGACACGGUCCAGUCCUACCUCUCCACCACUGACACGGCCCAGUCCUACCUCUCCACCACUGACACGGUCCAGUCCUACCUCUCCACCACUGACACGGUCCAGUCCUACCUCUCCACCACUGACACGGUCCAGUCCUACCUCUCCACCACUGACACGGUCCAGUCCUACCUCUCCACCACUGACACGACCCAGACUUAG